CAUUUUGGACUGUGAACUCAGUCGGCUGGUUCAGUCAGCUUGAGCGCUUCAAUUUCAUCUUUCAUGUGCGUCACACCAGCCAAGGUACAAUGAACUCCGUUUUGCAUAAGAGACAAUCCUCCAUCGUUGGACUAUUUCUGGCAUUGUCGGUCUUCGUCCUGAGCUGUGAGAGCAGCAAAGUUCUGGUUUAUCCAGUGGACGGCAGUCAUUGGGUCAACAUGAAGGUGCUGAUCGAGGCGCUGCACUCCAAGGGUCAUAACAUCACUGUGAUCAGAUCCAGCUCCAGCUUGUACCUAAAAGAAGAGCCCUCACUGUUCACGACUAUCACAGUGAAUGAUGGCAUUGAUGGCAUUGACGAUGUGGGUGGAUUUUUUGUGGAGUAUUUAAGUAACAUGAUGAAAAUCCAGAGAGGUGAGGCAUCAAUCCUGACCUUCUUGAAAGUUCAGGUGGACUUCUUCUAUAUGAUCUCCCAUGCACACUAUCUCUCGUGUAAUACAAUGAGUAAGAUUAUUGAGGACAAAGAGCUGAUUAAGAGGCUUCAAGACGAACAAUAUGAUCUUUUUCUUACUGAUCCAGCCAUGACAGCUGGUGUUGUUUUAGGCCGUUAUUUGAAAUUACCCCUUGUUUUAAACGCACGCUGGAUCACCAGUGGUGAGGGUCAUUUUGCCAUUGCACCUUCGCCACUGUCCUACAUACCUGUACCAGGUUCUGGCCUCUCAGACCAAAUGACGUUUUUCCAAAGAGUUAAGAACAGCCUUUUCUAUGCAGUGACUCUCUUCCAAGAAAAAUUUGUGGUUGGACCACAUUACAAAGCUCUGUGUGAUAAAUACUUUGAUGAAGACUGUGACAUUGUCAGCUUCCUCCAGGAGGCUGAUAUUUGGCUCAUGAGGCUUGACUUCGUGUUCGACUUCCCCAGACCCACCAUGCCCAAUGUUGUCUACAUGGGUGGAUUCCAGUGCAAGCCCGCAAAGCCCCUCCCUGAAGACCUGGAGGCUUUUGUGCAGAGUUCAGGAGAACAUGGCUUCAUCAUUAUGUCCUUGGGAACUUUAGUAGACAGUCUUCCAGCUGACACAGCAGAUGAAAUUGCUGCUGUUUUCGCCAAACUACCUCAAAAAGUCAUCUGGAGGCAUCUGGGACCAAAACCUUCCACCCUGGGAAACAACACUCUGCUGGUGAACUGGAUGCCACAGAACAACCUCCUGGGACACUCGAAGAUCAAGGCAUUUGUUGCCCAUGGAGGAACCAAUGGAGUCCAGGAGGCCAUCUACCAUGGAGUGCCUGUGCUUGGCAUCCCACUGUUCUUUGAUCAGUUUGAUAACCUUAUGCGGAUCCAAGCAAAAGGAGCGGCAAAAAUUCUCGAGUUGUCUCAACUGGAUGGCCAAACUUUUGAACAGAUGCUACUGGAAGUUCUCAAUGACGACUCUUAUAGGACCAACAUGCAGCGACUCUCCAGUCUGCACAGAGACCAGCCUGUGAAACCUCUAGACUCGGCUGUCUUCUGGAUUGAGUAUGUUAUGAGGAAUAAAGGAGCCCCUCACCUGCGCACAAAGGCCUAUAGGAUGCCUUGGUACUCCUACCACUCAGUGGAUGUGACUCUGUUUCUGCUCAGUACAGCAGCAGUGCUGACAUUCACCACAGUAGCCUUCAUUAGAUGGGUCUGUUGUAGAGCGUGUGGGAAAAGAAAAGUGAAAAAUGAGUGAACAGGGUUCUCCCAGUAAUGCUCUACACUCCGAUUAAGCGCAAUCCUGGAGAACCGCAGGACGAAACUGCGUUUUAUUCUGUGGUAAAUAAUUAGUUUGUUGUUUAUACCGCUCAGACAAAGUUACUUGUCAUUUGAUAUGAUGCAAUUUGACCUCUACUAUCAUUUUGUAGGUGUGAAAAUGAUGCACAAUCUUUGAAAUUAAUAUCAAGAUUAACAAAAGCAAUAAAAUAUUCACUGCAGCUGUACAGUUUUAUUGCUGUGUCAAAUAGUGGACAAUUGUCUUCAGUAGAUAGAAACAAUAUGACUAUUCAAUUAAAGGUUUGACCAACAUUCAUCCUGUAUUUAUUUUGCUGUGGGGGCAGCUUAUGGCUUCAGAUUUACUGAUUAAUACACACUUGUCGUAGAUAUUGUGGACAUGUUCUUUCAUUACUGUUAUAUUUACUCUCUGCCUGUCUUUCCCCCGAGGGAACAUUAGCAAUAAAUUCUGAAAUAUCCAGGUGAACAAAGUUGUAUUGUGUUCUGCCAGUGCUGUAACUUGUACGUGUAUUAUUAUAUGCCACUUUUCAUAUCAAGGCCCAAUAAAUCUGGAUGGCAGCUUAA